CCCAAGAAAUUCUUUCUCACCAGUUUCCUCCUUACUUCCUCUCUGCCUCCCCACUUUGGCUGAGCUCUGAAACUCAACAAACAAAGAGGCUUUUGACAACUCUCUUCAAGCUUCAAACUUUUUGUCUUCUCUUUGUUAACACCAUUUUUUCUGAUCUGGGUCUUCCUUAUUUCUCAUUCAGAUCAUAACUUUCAACCCAUUUCAGCGUCUCUGCUGCUUCACCUAUACAAAACAAAAAACAAAAAAAACAAAACAAAAAAAAAACCCGAUUUGGUUCUUGGGUUACUCUAAUCUGAACAUGGGGGAUUCAGUUUUCAGAAUAGGAUGCAACGGUUCAUCAAGUUAAUAGAAUGUCAUAAGAAGAAAUCUUCUUCAGUUUAAACGUUUCCUCGAGGUUUUCAAGUUCUAACUAUGGGUAGAGUUAGGGGAAAAGGGAAGAAAAACACUGUUAUUGCUGUUCGCGAGGAUCCUGGAAGCGGCGGAGAAGAGAAGAUUCCGGCUUAUCAAAGAAGGGAUAGACCGCAAAAACCGUUGAAAGAUGAUAUUCAACGGGAAGAAGAAACUGAGAAGACAGAAGAAGAUGGUGAAGAAGCAAAGAAUUUGAAAUAUCAAGGUGCAGUGGAGAAUGGAAGGAAGAGAAAAGGAUCUGCACAGGUCAAAGAAAAUAUGGAUUCAGUUAAAGAGGAAAAUGGCAUUGAAACAAAAUCCGCCCCGGAUGACACGACAAAGUUUGUUGGUUUUCGACAAAAUGGCAGUAGGCGGAAAAACAAGCCACGUCGGGCUGCUGAAGCUGGAGUUGAAUGCAAGUGAGUAAGAGUCACCUAAUGAAAUGCUUGGAUACCUUCUCUUUUAACUGUUGGAUAAAAUCAUAACCAUUUAGAAAAGGCUAGCUUUGUAGUUUACACACCUUUGUUACAUGUUAUGUUCUUCUCCUAAUUUGUUUUAGAUCCAUUUCUCAGAAAUGGUUGAUUUUAGUUGGAGACUUUGGAAAAGUAUUCCUUACUUUUCUGUCAUUUUGCUUUGCUUUUGUUGCAAGUGAC